AUGCCCCAGCUGGACGCUUUUCCCACCGACUCGGCACGCCCGUGUCCUCCUGCCCUUAUCCUCUCUGUCGGCGCUGCCAACCCUCCUUUUCCUCCUCCUCUUCUUCCUCCUCCUCCUCCCCCACCACCUCACCCCGGUCUCCGCCAGCGGCCGCGAAACCUCAGCGAUACUUUAGCCAGCAUUGCCAUCCAGUGGCACAGGGGACAAAUGACAGCUCGUCUGGAGGAGCGGGCACCCACCUUGGCUUCAUCUUCAUCUUUGCUUCAUCCGCGGCUCGACAGGAAGUUGAAUUUCUCAGCGAGUUCGACCUUAGAAGAAGCCUGUACAGCACUUAUUGAAGGUAAGGAGACCUUUCUGAAGGAGAACGCUUUAGAAACAUGGUUCAGAGAAUCCAGCUGCAUGGAGUACAUUGCGCAGAACCGCUACAUCACCCGCGCACUCUCCGCUGAGGAGGCCGCCUUCCCCAUCGCCUACGUCAUGACCCUGCACAAGGAGUUUGAGACCUUUGAGCAGCUCUUCAGGGCGGUCUACAUGCCCCAAAACAUCUACUGCAUCCACGUGGAUGCCAAGGCGCCCGCCCGCUUCCAGCAGGCAGUGGGGCGCCUGGUGGGCUGCUUCCCCAACGCCUUCCUGGCCUCCCGGGCGGAGCAGGUGGUCUACGGCGGAGUCUCACGCCUGCGGGCUGACCUCCACUGCAUGAGGGACCUGCUGGCCUCGGCCGUGCCCUGGCGCUACCUGCUCAACACCUGCGGCCAGGACUUCCCCUUGAAGACCAACCGGGAGAUCGUCCGGCUGCUGAAGGGCUUCGGGGGGAAGAACGUCACCCCCGGGGUGCUGCCGCCCCCGCAUAUCACCUCCCGCACCAGGUACGUGCACAGGGAGCAGCUCUACUCCUUCUUCUCCUUCAUGCUAUGGACGCCGGUGCGCAAGGCUCCCCCGCCACACAACCUGACCAUCUACUUUGGCUCUGCCUACGUGGCUCUCACCCGGCCCUUCGUGGAGUUUGUGCUGCGGGACCCACGGGCCAUCGACCUGCUGGCCUGGUCUGAGGACACCUACAGCCCCGACGAGCACUUCUGGGUGACGCUCAACAGGAUCCCGGGUGUCCCGGGCUCCAUGCCCAACGCAUCAUGGGAAGGUGACCUGAAAGCAGUGAAGUGGAUUGAUAUGGAAGAGGGGCACGGAGGUUGUCAUGGCCAUUACGUCAGAGGCAUUUGUGUAUAUGGAACAGGUGACCUCAAGUGGCUUUUUAACUCCACCUGCAUGUUUGCAAAUAAGUUUGAGCUUAAAACGUACCCCCUGACAGUGGAGUGCCUGGAACUGAGACAUCGGCAGAGAACCUUGGCCCAGAGUGAGGUUCAGGUGGAACCCAACUGGUAUUUUUAG